AUGAGCGCUGGAACUGUGGUGAUAUCAGGAGGAAUUAUAGCUGCUGUGAUUCUGCUGUGUAUCAUCACUGUGCUGUGUUACUGCAGACUGCAGCGUUUUUGCUGUAAGUGUGAUGUCUCAGAGUCAGUCGCUGCUCCGGUGUUGGACGCGCGUCCUCGUAUUCGCUGUGACAUGUGCAGUGUGGACGGAGUCACUGGGACUCUGCUGCCAUUGACCUUUGACCCCAGUGCGACCCACAGUUACUGUCCCACCUGCUCAUCAUACUAUCGCAUUGACGACGUGCGUAAUGGGAACAUGUGGCUCGCAGUCACUCACCGAGAGCCGUGUGAGGGCGUUACUGCACUCGGCACGGCGGCCAUGAUGAACUUCUACACCAACACACACACCAUCAGCACCGAUGUCUGACCUCUGACCUUUUUUUAACUUUCACUUUCAAAG